AUGGCUCCUCUAAGACAGUACCUGCUGCUAGCAGCGUCUCUCCCCUUUGCCCUCGCAGAUGGACAAUACCGCUCUCGUCCCGAUCUCGCACCCCCCAAGUUGAACAUCACCGUCCCAGCCCCCGGUGCCAACGGCACCGAGUACGUGUUCCUCGCCCCCUACGGAGGUUCCAUCCAGCAGGCCGGCGCAUACAUCUACCGGAAGGACGGCGACCUCGUCUGGUCUGGAAUCGGAUACUAUAACGGCUUCGUCGGGAACUUCCAUCUGACGACCUACCAUAACGAGACCGUACUGCAGGGCUUCCAGGGCACAAUUGACACAUCGCAUGGAGAAGGGUUCGGGCAGCAUGUGAUCUUGAAUCAGAACUAUGAGCACGUGGUCUCUGCAAAGACAGGGAAUCAUCGCAUUCCUUCCAUUCACGAGUUCAACGUCAUCAAUGGGAAGACUGCCCUGGUGGAGAUAUACCUCCCUACUGUGGCGAACCUAUCAGCCUAUGGGGGAAAUGCAUCACAGAAAUGGAUCGGAAAUGGACUCUUCCAAGAAUUCGACAUCGAAACCGGCGACCUCAUCUUCGAAUGGAACUCUCUCGACCACGUCGAUCCCGCAGACAGCCUGGUCCCCCUUAACUCCUCCACCACCGAAAGCGGCCUCACCGCCACCACAACAUGGGACUACAUCCACCUAAACAGCGUCGACAAAGACCGCGAAGGCAACUACCUCCUCUCCUCGCGGCACUUCAGCACCAUCUUCAAGAUCAACGGCACCGACGGCUCCAUCAUCUGGCAACUGGGCGGUCACCACUCCACCUUCACGUACAACUUCACGUUCGGAUUCCAGCACCACGCUCGGUGGCACUACCAGUCGCCGACCACAGAAAUCAUCUCCUUCUUCGAUAACUCGGGAAAUGGCGAAAUCACAUUCAACAAUGUCUCGCGGGCCCUGAUCGUCCAGCUCGAUCACGUAGCUAACACGGCGACCAUCCUCCGGAAAGCAACAGCCCCGUAUAACAUCCAAGCGGCGUCGCAAGGAAACGCGCAACUGCUCCCGAACGAGCACAUCUUCGUGAACUGGGGCUCCGCGGGCGCGAUCUCGGAAUUCGACGCCAACAAUCAAGUGAUCUAUCACGCGUUCCUCGAGAACUCGGUAAGUUAUCGUGGAUUUCUGGGUAAUUGGACCGGGACGCCGUAUGAGGUGCCGGCUAUUACGGCGUACGUGGAAGGCUCGGGUGCGGUGAGGUUAUAUGUGUCGUGGAAUGGGGAUACGGAGACUAAGGGGUGGAGGUUUUAUGGCACGGGGGUGGGCAAUGGGACGAGGUAUUUGGGGGCGGUGGAAAGGAGGUCUUUUGAGACGGAGUUGGUUUGGAGUGGGCAGGGGGUGACUAGUGCUGGAGGGAGGUUUUAUGCGGAGGCUGUGGGGGUGGAGGGGAGGGUGUUGGCCAGGACGCAUUCGGUGCAGGCGACGGAGUAUAUUGCUGUUGAUUAG